ACCAAAGGAAUCACUCUUCUAUAUUAUAAGAUAUCAAAUUGUGCAUUCCACAAUACAUUCAUCACACUUUGUCACGCACACAAAACACAUUUAUCACACACAUAUAAUAUGUAUUCAGUUUCUUACAUCCUUCAUAUGUCCAAUGAUUUUCGUUAUUGUAUAUGAAAGAUAAUACUUAUCAAUGUAUAAUCCCUCGAUGAUAUAAGUCUUGUUUUCCUCUUUCAUGGAGUCCGAUCCAAACCCUAAUACUCUUCAAUACAUAAAUCCAAGAGAUUGUACUCAAGGCUUUUGUUCCACGUUUUGUCCUCAAUGGUGUAGUUACAUCAAGCUAUCUCCGCCACCACUUUCCUAUGAACAACUCCUUAACGAUGGAGUUUCACCAAGCCCUAACGUUUCUCCUCUCCUCAUCGCCAUCAUUGGAAUCCUUGGAAGUGCCUUUCUCUUAGCAACAUACUACACUCUAGUCUCAAAGCAUUGUGCCACCGACACAAACGAUGAAGCUACUUCAGACAUGGGAAGAUCUGAUGUGAUUAUCGAUGUUAAUUCGCUAGAAAGUCAAGAUCGGGAUAACCCGUUUGCUCAUGAGACUUCAAACGCCGGUUUGGACGAUGCCGUGAUAAAGAAGAUAGGGUUUUUCAAGUUGAAGAAGCAUCAAAACGGGCUAAAGAUCAACGUGACGGAUUGUUCAAUAUGUCUUGGAGAGUUUAACGAAGACGAGAGCUUAAGGUUAUUGCCUAAUUGUAACCACAUUUUCCACGUGGUUUGUAUUGAUCGGUGGCUCGCCUCUCACUCGAAUUGUCCCCUUUGUCGGGGUAAGAUCAUUGUCCCUACCACUCAAGAAACCGAUCAUGUCUUUCUGGUUAUGAAUCUUGAUCGGUUUACUAGCAAUGUUGGAUCAGCAGAAGGAAAUGUAGUUGUUCUUGAUCCCCGUGAAGAGGUUAGUGUUUCGAUUAGUUCUCAUCAUCCACGACGGUUCUCGGCCGCUGAUAUUGUUAUGUGGAUGAGAAGAGACGGAGAAGAGGAAGAGAGAAGUUAUGAUCUUGAAAAUGGAAACAGAGUGAAGCUUGUAGACUACUUGAAAAGAUCAUUCUCAAGUGAUGGAUUGGUUCUUGGGACUCAAGGACGGACUAGGAGAUCCUAAACCUACUUUCUUGAUAUUAUUUAGUUUCUGAAACAUAUAGUAUUGCACUCAUAACAUUUCGAGAAAUUUAUACAAAUACAUAUAUAAUGGAUGGAUUCAUCAUUUGGUUCGUUUUGCUAUGGAUAGAUUAUAUUCUUAGCCUAUAGUUUUACUGUCUUUAUAUAUGUUAUCCAUAUAUUUAUUUCAUCUCACAGAAAGUUUCUAUAAUAA